GGCUGCAAGCUCAGACUGUCUUGGUCAACGACACAGUCUCGGGGUUUAUUGGGACAGAUGUGGUCCUGCACUGUAGCUUCACCAACCCCCUCCCCAACGUGAAGAUCACGCAGGUCACGUGGCAGAAAGCCACCAACGGCACCAAGCAGAAUGUGGCCAUCUACAACCCUGCCAUGGGGGUCUCCAUCCUCUCUCCCUACAAAGAGAGGGUGACUUUCCGGAAUCCUUCCUUCAAGGAUGGCACCAUUCAGCUCUCCAGGCUGGAGCUGGAGGAUGAGGGAGUUUACAUCUGUGAGUUUGCUACCUUCCCAACUGGCAACAGGGAGAGCCAACUGAACCUCACUGUGCUGGCCAAGCCCACGAAUCGAAUGGAGGGCACCAAGCGGCCGCUCAUCGCCAAAUCUGGCAGGACAGAAAAGAUCUUGGUAGCCACCUGCACCUCCUCGAACGGGAAACCUCCCAGCACUGUCACCUGGGACACCAAGCUGAAAGGGGAAGCAGAAUUUCAGGAGAUCAGGAACAGCAACGGCACCAUCACGGUGAUCAGCAGGUACAGGCUGGUGCCCCACCGGGACNNNCAUCGCCAGCAGCUCAUGUGUGUGGUCAACUACCAGCUGGAUCGCUUCACCGAGAGCAUCACCCUCAACGUGCAGUAUGAGCCAGAAGUCACUAUUGAGGGCUUUGAUGGCAACUGGUUUCUCAACCGGAAGGAUGUGAAGCUGAUCUGCAAAUCUGAUGCCAACCCUCCAGCUCACACCUAUGAAUGGAAGCUGCCAAACGGGACCCUGCCAGGGAGUGUGGAGAUCCAGAACAACACCAUCUACUUCAAAGGGCCUGUGUCCUACAGCGUGGCUGGCACCUACAUCUGUGAGGCCUCCAACGCCAUCGGUACACGGUCGGGCUUGGUGGAAGUCAAUGUCACAG